AUGCUUUUUGACGAUAGAGACUGGAUCAGAUGGGAGGACAUUUCUGGAGUUCGUAGCAGUAAAGAGAUUUUACGGAUAAUAGAUCAUCAAUCACUUGAUUACCAAAAGUAUUUGCUUGUAUUGGAAGACAUUUCAAAUGAGGAUGGUGAAAAGUGGUUUGAUUUAUUAAAGCCCUUAUUGUCUACUUUUGCCUAUUCUAUGCCCGGAUCCAAAAUAUUAGUCACCUCCAGCUCCACAUCUCUACAACCUCAUGUCCUCCAUAAACUCCCACUGGCUAAUGGAGCACCCUUUCUAUUGAGACCGCUCCACCAUGCCGACUACUUAGCUUUCUUUCAAAGUAUAGCAUUCAGAGAAGUAGGAGAACAGGACAUAAAUUCCCAUUUGAGAGAUAUUUCUCUUGAAAUUCUUAAGAGGUGUAACAAUAAUCCCCAUGUCAUAAGAAUUGUGGCUCUUAUUCUUUCUUCUCAACCUCUUUCAAAGUGGCAGUACUUCAGUGAAGUUGUUCACAAUGUACACGAUCUUGCAAAGCAAAUUUUAUCAAUUCACAAAUUUUACCAGCUUUGGGAUGCUCAACAGAAGUUCACAGAGCCUUUCAAAGAAGUGAUUGAGGCCCUUCUUGGAAACAAAAAUUUAUUUGAUAGUUGCAGAAGAGAUAAAAAUGGUCUCAUAAUCUACUACAAGGUCCGGGUUUUAGUACAUGAGGUAGCGAAGAAAUCAUGUGAGUUUAUUACUAUUCCUAACUUGAGUUUAAUGCUGGAGAAUAACAAGGGUUUGCAAGCUUUGGAUUUAGCCGUGGUGAAUUGUAAACAUUGUUUGAAUUCCAUAGGCGAGCUACAACACUUGAGAUACCUCAGACUUGGUUUCUCCUCUGAAACUCUUCCUGAGUGCAUCUCAAACCUCGACUUCUUGCAAACUUUGGACCUUCGACAUUCAAGGGUUCGAGAGCUACCAGUAGGCUUUCAUAAGCUGUGUCAUUUGAAGCACUUGUAUAUUGGAGAUAUAUUAAUUGAUCUUCCGCCUAGGUUUGGGGAAUUAACAGAGCUACAAAGCUUAGAUGCCUUCAUCGUAGGAAAUAACAAUGGGUUGGAUGCACUAGCCCACCUCACUCAGCUUGCUGGAAAGCUUAAAAUUUGUUAUCAGAACGGUCAUGAGGAGCAUGUGAUACGAAAAGGCACGCCAUUUUUAAAGGGUAGGAAGCUUCACGAGCUCUCAUUAGAAUGGCCACAUUCAAAUGUAGAAGCAGCUGCUGGAACAUAUCAGAAGGAAGAUGACAUGCAGAUGGAAUUGUUCCAGCUCCCUUCCACUCUCAAAUUUUUAACAGCUAAAAACUGGAAGGGUGAGAGGUUUCCAAAAUGGGCGAUGAAUCAGUUCUCUUCUCUGCUCAGUAAUCUUGUUUUCAUACACAUAGCUGAUUGUAGCCGAUGCAAACAUCUUCCAUUCUUCAGUGAAAGUAGCUGUCUUAAGUCUCUUGAGCUUUGGGGGCUUAUUGCCUUGGAGUGGAUAGAGACUGGUGAUAAUAAUAGAAUGGUUUCAUCUGAAACACCAUACUUCCCAUCUUUACAGCAUCUGAGUUUGGUUAAUUUGCCACAACUAAAAGGAUGGACAAGGGUGGAAGAGCAUGAUGCAAAUCGUGAACAAGAUAAACACGAUAAUCAUCAAUAUGUAUCAUGCUUAAUUCUCCCUCACCUUUAUAAUCUUAGAGUAAGUGGUUGCUCAGAACUGAAAUCAAUGCCUCAGAUGCCAAACCUUCAGUCUCUGGAGGCAAGUAACUGCCAUGGGGAUCUCCUGCUACAUCUUUUCGGUGCCCAAGCAUCUUCAGUAUCUUCAUCAGCUUCACCAGUAGUUCCAAACCCCUGCCAAUGGGCUUUGAGUGCCUCACAACACUUCAGGAACUCUCUCUCAGUUGGCUUUAUAAUCUCAGAAAUCUACCAGAGUCAAUUGGACACCUCAAUCAGCUUCGCCAGCUUGUCAUUCAAUAUUUGCCAAACAAUAGCUGAUCUUCCUGAAUCAAUGGCUUCCCUAUCUGCUUUAGAGCAUGUUGAGAUUCAAUAUUGUCCAAAGUUGAAACAAGUUCCAAAGUAUUUUUCUGACCUCACAUCUUUGCAACGACUUGAGAUUAAGGAAUGUGUGAACUUAGAGAGGAGAUGUCAGCAACCAGAUGGCGAAGAUUGGAUUCUAAUUUAA